UCCGUGUGCAAGUGUGCGUGAGCGCCUUAAACAAAAUCGUAUCGCAUAUAGAUAUUCCGCUAGUCUAAUCAGAAUUCAGUGCCAUUAUGCAACGUCACCGCGUUUGAGUGCAGUUCUCCAGCAUUAAACCGCAACAAUUGCAUUUAAACAGUUAUAUUUUAUUGUUAUUAUUACAUUUAAGAUCACUCAGCAGACAGACAGGCAAAAUGCUUCGCAGCUGCCGCUUAACCCUUGCCGCCGCCCAGAGAAGCUUGAGGGAUCAGUUUCAGUUCCUCCGUCACCAGCAAUCCGCCUCCGCCAGUAGCAGCAACAUGGAUAAGUUCGAUCUUCCCCAGAGAUUGCAGGGCAGCACGCCCAGCGUUUGGAACGAGUACAUCGCUUUGGCCAUGCAGUACAAACCCCUGAAUCUGGGCCAGGGAUUCCCCGACGAUGCUGCUCCCGAGUACGUGACCCACUCGCUGGCGGACAUCGCCAAGGACGAGAAUCCCCUGCUGCAUCAGUACACCCGCGGCUAUGGCCACGUUCGCCUGGUCAACGCCUUGUCCAAGUUGUAUAGCAAUCUCGUUGGCAAGCAGCUGAAUCCCCUCAGCGACAUUCUGAUUACUUCCGGUGCCUACGAGGCUCUAUACUCCACCAUCAUGGGCCAUGUGGACGUGGGCGAUGAGGUGAUCAUCAUUGAACCCUUCUUCGAUUGCUACGAACCCAUGGUCAAGAUGGCCGGCGGAGUGCCGCGCUUCAUUCCCCUGAAGUUGCGCAAAACAGAGGGUCCCAUUAGCUCGGCGGACUGGGUGCUGGAUGAUGCUGAAUUCGAGAGCCUGUUCAACUCGAAAACCAAGAUGAUUAUACUGAACACACCACACAAUCCCAUUGGCAAGGUCUUCAAUCGGCAGGAACUGGAGCGCAUAGCCGAGUUGUGCCGCAAAUGGAAUGUUCUUUGCGUCUCCGAUGAGGUUUACGAAUGGCUCGUCUUCGAUGGGGCCGAGCACAUCCGCAUCUGCACGCUUCCCGGCAUGUGGGAUCGCACCAUCACCUUGGGUUCGGCGGGCAAAACCUUCUCAGUGACCGGUUGGAAGAUCGGAUGGGCCUAUGGACCCGCCCAGCUCAUCCGCAACCUGCAAAUGGUGCACCAGAACUCCGUGUACACCUGCCCCACGCCCCUGCAAGAGGGCGUGGCGCGCAGCUUUGAGUUGGAACUGGAACGCCUGGGCCAGCCGGAGAGCUACUUCCUCAGUUUGCCGAGGGAGCUGCGGGAGAAGCGCGACUUCAUGGCCAAGUUUCUCACGGAGGCGGGGAUGCGACCAACCAUUCCCGAGGGCGGCUACUUCAUGCUGGCCGACUGGUCGCCACUUACGAGCAAAGUGGAUCUGAAUUCCGAACCCGACAAAUACCGCGACUACAAGUUCACCAAGUGGAUGACCAAGAACAUGGGCCUGCAGGGCAUCCCACCGAGCGCCUUCUACAGCGAACCCAACAAGCCGCUGGGCGAGGACUUUGUGCGGUAUUGCUUCAUCAAGAAGCAGGAGAAUCUGGACAAGGCGGCCGAGCUGCUGUCCAAGUGGAAAUAGUCGCCAAAUAAACGAAAUGCAUUUCCCUAA